CUUUAUAUACUACUAUGGUUUCCAUGUCUUGUUACUUGUAUUAAAUGGUGCUCUUUUGUGGUGACUUUGUCUUUAGAUAUUCAUUCAUACACGUCUUGCCACAUUCUUAUUAACUAGCUAGUUACUUGGUCAUUCAUUAAUUCAUUAAUUCUAUCAUAGUCUAAUUUUUUUAGUGAAGUUGGAAACUAUUUAGUUCAACAUGGAUAGAGAUGAAGGUGGAAAUGUGAUCAUGGGACGUGCAGAGAUUGACACUGGAGCCCCAUUCAAGUCGGUUAAAGAAGCUGUUAUGUUGUUUGGUGAAAGAGUCUUGGUUGGAGAGAUUUAUGCUAACAAGCUCAAAGAGAUGCAAAACGAAGCGAGUGGAACUGGGAGUGCACAAUCCAAAGCUGGAGCAUUGGCAGCUGAGUUAGAAGAAACAAAGCAAAUCCUUGAAGGAACAAAAGAAGAAGUUAACUUCUUAGCUCAAUGCAUCAAGUCCCUUAAAAAGGAACUAGAGCAAACAAAAAAAGAAUUGGAAGAGACAAAAGCAAGAGAGUUGAAGUUGCUACAACAACGCGACGAUCCAGAGACAACCGAAGACAUUAAGUUCAUUGCAAAUGCAACCAAUGUUGAAAUCAAAACACAAACUGAUAAUGAUGAUGAUGAUGAAACAAAAGAAGAGUUUCAAAAAAGAAGAUAUGUGAAAUUUGCUAGUCCUCAUGUAUUAGCUCAAGUCAUUCCUAAUAAAGAUGAGUUACUUAAGAGACCUAGUUCAAUGAAGAAGGGUAAGAAGAUGCCUUUGAUUGGAUGGUUUUUCUCUAAAAAGAAGGGAAGCCAUGAAGUUGAUAACUCUCCAUAAGCUUAACGAGUCUUCCUAGUUAAGUGGUAAGGUAUAUUACUUGUUAGUACUACAUUUGAUAUAGCUUACCACUAGACCAUUCAACUUUUACAUAUGAUCAACAUGAUAUACGGUUUUCCAUAAAAACACAUAGCGGAUAGUAUUUUUUGGUGUUAUUUGUUUUGUUUUGGCUAAUAACAAACUACUCAUGAGUCAUAAGUGAGUUGUUGUUUUGCUCUUGUGGUUUGUUUAGGUUAAUCAAGAUUUAUUGUUGUAAAUUUAUAUGCAGUUACACGUUAUAACGAAUUUCAAUCAUUUGAAAAUAAACGAUUUAGAUUACAUAA